UUUUUAAACUUCCUUUGGUUGUGCUUCACCUUUGGAGUGAUUCUAGCAAAGUGUUUAAAGUUUGCCAGCUUUUGAGUUUUCUUGAUAAUAAAUGGGAUGGUUGCUGAGGGGUUUCCAGGCUGAUGUACAGUGUGGGACAUCCUGGGCCCUCGUGCUUUGAAGCGGAGGACCGUGACACAGAACAGGCAGAGGAAGGGCUUCCACUCCUGUCGUACAAUAGUAUUUGGCUGAUUCAUUGAAUUCCCUGGUAGCCGAUUUCAUCAGCACCUGCCUUCCUGGGAGGCUUAAAGCCUUCUGAAUAAUCCACGAUACCGCAGGGAUUCUCCUCACCUGAAUUCAAACUUCCUGAAGCUUUGAGAUCAACUGGGGAAUCCAGUUCUGCCUUUGCCUCUUACGUGGCACCACUAAGCAGUCUGAAUUGCAAGUUGCAUCCUGCUUUGCUUGGGAAAUCACUGGGCCUGAGUUAAAUAUUCUGCGCAAAAUUGCUGUUUCCUUUUAGUUCUAGUUGCUGUUUGGAUGAACUGUAGCAGCAGUGACCAUGAUUCUGAGGUCCCCCUCCCCCCAUUUGCAGGAAAUGACCAGACAAAACCAGGAUACGUUUGUCCCCUCUUUGACCUUCUGUGGUGCUUUGCCUAAAGUCCUUCCUUCCCUUCUUAAUUCAGGAAUGCUGAGGAAAGUGCAGAUCGACAAAGCGGAUGACUUGAAGCUUAUGUCGGAAGUUGCAACGCAGGUUUUCAACGAUGGCAUAACAAACUGGGGGCGAAUUGUGACUCUCAUUUCUUUUGGUGCCUUUGUUGCCAAACACUUGAAGAGCAUAAAUCAAGAAAGCGGCAUCAGCACUUUGGCGGAGAUCAUCACGGAGGUGCUGGUGACAGAGAAGAGAGAGUGGCUGCUGCAUCACAACGCCUGGGAGGGCUUUGUUAAAUUCUUCCAUGUAGAGGACCUGGAAGGCAGCAUCAGAAACAUUCUGGUGGCUUUUGCGGGCGUGGCUGGCCUAGGAGCGAGCUUGGCUUACUUGAUCCGGUGAGCCAAAACAGGGGGGCUCUCCCGAGUGGAGCUUAGCUUUGGACUACUCGGUUCCUGCUGUGAGUAGAAAACUGAGCUGUUCUCCUCCUCCUGCCAAGCGGGAAGCAGGACAGCUGGAACGCCCCAAGAAGAAGGAUUGCUAUGAACUGUCCGGGAUAGAAGGUCACCCAGCAAGGAUGUCUUACCAAUGGAAGUCGCUUUUCCCAAGGGAAGAAACGUGCGCCCUCUGCUUCACUCCCACGAAGCGAGGAGGACUGAAGCCCUGGUGCAGGAGGAGGGGUGCUUGGACUGGCGGCAUCGGGCCGUUGGAUGCACUGAGCAGUGAGUGAUCCGUUUGCACAGUCGUGCCCUCCUGUCUUUUGGAGAAUAACGCUGGGCCCGAAGGGGUGUUUGGGCCCAGCCUCGUCCUUAAAGACUUCUGGGUGAUCUCUGGGAAAGGAGAGAAAAGGCGUCCUUCAGCCGCUCAUCAACACAUCGCAUUCUAAAGGGCUGACUGUAUUUUUUUUUUUUAAAUUUUCCCACCUUUCUUUCCACUGCCCUCCUUUUGAAAGCGUUACACUGCCAUUAAGCGUGCGCCCUCCCCUCUUGAAUCACACCUAGCUGCUCCCUGCAGCCGAGCUCCGUCUGCAACCGUGAUCAGUACCAUUUGGGACCCACGAAACCUGCAGAAAGAUUGCAAAGAGGGUGUUUUUUUUUAAAAAAAACCAAACAUUCAGUUUGGAUUUGAUGACUCUUGAUUCAUCCCCGCUCUCCCCCAUCAGCAUAUACUGGGCAUUUCAGAAAACCUUUGUAUCCAAGUUAACAAGGUUCUCGAUGUGACUGCAGCGACCAGGUUAAAGUAGCAAAGUAUUUUGAAAACCCCUCUUGGGAAGAAAAGGAGCCUUUGGGGGGCUUUCCAUCGCCCUGCUUUAUUUUUUGAUUCUCAAGUUGAGUUUAAAGGUUCCUUUAAAAAAAAAAAAAGCUAAACUUGCACAUGAAUGUCAUUUAUCCUGUAAGAAAACAAAAAAAAGUUGUGUGAAUUAGCAGUGUGAGAUCCUGUGGUACACGAACACACACACACAUUCUAGUCUGUGGGCAGCUUCCUGGGUGCCCUCCAGAUCUUUCAGCCUGG